GGCUCCGCCCCUCCACUUCUUUACCGGCUUUCACGUCUAGUGUUAGCAGAGAUGCGGCGCGGAGGCUGUGGCGUCAUCAGCGCGGGCAGUACCCGGAAGAGACGUGGCAGCGGAGUGGUAAUUGGAGCGGCCGGAGCUAAAGGGAACAGAGCUGGGGCUCUGGUGAGCCUAGUCUCUGCCCUUCCACUCCUUGACUCCCCUCACGCGCCCGUCGGGACCAGUGCCGCGGCCCAUCAGUAACACGGGUCGACCAUGGGGCUUUGCAAGUGCCCCAAGAGGAAGGUGACCAACCUGUUUUGCUUCGAACAUCGGGUCAACGUCUGCGAGCACUGCAUGGUAGCCAACCAUGCCAAGUGCAUCAUCCAGUCCUACCUGCAGUGGCUCCAAGACAGUGACUACAACCCUAAUUGCCACCUGUGCAACAUGCCGCUGACCACCCGGGAGACGAUCCGCCUCAUCUGCUAUGAUGUCUUCCACUGGGCCUGCCUCAAUGAGCGUGCCGCCCAGCUACCCCGAAACACAGCACCUGCCGGCUACCAGUGCCCCAACUGCAAUGGCCCCAUCUUCCCCCCCUCCAACCUGGCUGGCCCUGUGGCCUCCACGCUGAGAGAGAAGCUAGCUACGGUCAACUGGGCCCGGGCAGGACUGGGCCUUCCUCUGAUUGAAGAGGUCGUGAGCCCGGAGUCUGAGCCCCUCAACACCUCCGACUUCUCUGACUGGUCCAGCUUUAAUGCCAGUGGGACCCCCGGACAAGAGGAGAUGGCCAGCGCCUCCGCUGCCACAGCCUUGUACAGCCAGGCCCCCCAGCCCCCUGCCUCCCCGGGCCGGCCUGAGCAGCACACGGUGAUCCACAUGGGCGGCCCUGAGCCCUUGGCCCACGCCCAGAGGAAGGUAUAUGACACGAGAGAAGAUGACCCGGCAGCAGGCCUCCUUGGGGACUGUGAUGAUGACAAGUACCGCCGCCGGCCUGCCCUGGGCUGGCUGGCCCAGCUGCUCAGGAGCCGGGCUGGGCCUCGUAAGCGGCCGCUGACCCUGCUGCAGCGGGCGGGGCUGCUGCUGCUGUUGGGGCUGCUGGGCUUCCUGGCCCUCCUGGCCCUCAUGUCUCGCCUGGGCCGGGCCGCAGCCGACAGCGACCCCAACCUGGACCCACUCAUGAACCCUCACAUCCGCGUGGGGCCCUCCUGAGCUCACCUGUGGCUGGGCCAGCCUAGGACCUGGAGGCCAGAGGCGGGGAGACCUGGGGGCCCUUCUUCCCAUACCUCUCCCUCAAGCCUGAGACACUAAGAGGCCAGGUCCAAAGCCGAGUCCAUGAGGGGGCUGCAGGCAGGGCCUGGAGCACCUGCAGCCCAAGCACUUGUCUUGACCUGCUUCCCCUGGGCCUCCAGCCUCCCGCCCCACCCACGAAGGAGCUGAC